GGGACGCCCUCACAGUCAAGACCGCGCAAACGAUUGCUGAUGUAUUUCGGCCCUCUGCGGUGGCCGUAGUCCCGCACAGUAAACAGGAAGUAGGCUUCUUUAUUUGGGCCUCCGCAUUCGGGUGAAGAAGACCAGGGAUUCCGUGGCGUGGGCUUUCAGGGAGUCCGGAUUCGAUCUCCCUUUUUGUGACUUCCUCGCCUUCCCUGCUCCCGUCGAGGUAUUUGGUCCUGCGCCAGCUCCCGCCUCUUGCACAGAAGUGUCCCCGGAACCAUGGCCGAGUACUCGUAUGUGAAGUCCACUAAGCUCGUGCUCAAGGGAACCAAGGCUAAGAGCAAGAAGAAAAAGAACAAAGAGAAGAGAAAAAGAGAAGAUGAUGAAGAAACUGAACUUGAUAUUGUUGGAAUCUGGUGGACAGUAACAAACUUUGGUGAAAUUUCAGGAACCAUAGCAAUUGAAAUGGAUAAAGGAACUUACAUACAUGCACUUGACAAUGGACUUUUUACACUGGGAGCUCCACAUAAAGAAGUUGAUGAGGGCCCUAGUCCUCCAGAGCAAUUUACAGCUGUCAAAUUGUCUGAUUCCAGAAUUGCCCUGAAAUCUGGCUAUGGAAAAUACCUUGGUAUAAAUUCAGAUGGACUUGUUGUUGGGCGUUCAGAUGCAAUUGGACCAAGAGAACAAUGGGAACCAGUCUUUCAAGAUGGGAAAAUGGCUUUAUUGGCCUCAAAUAGCUGCUUUAUUAGAUGCAAUGAAGCCGGUGAUAUAGAAGCAAAAAGUAAAACGGCAGGAGAAGAAGAAAUGAUAAAGAUUAGAUCCUGUGCUGAAAGAGAAACUAAGAAAAAAGAUGAUAUUCCAGAAGAAGACAAAGGAAAUGUUAAACAGUGUGAAAUCAAUUACGUAAAGAAAUUUCAGAGCUUCCAAGACCACAAACUUAAAAUAAGUAAAGAAGACAGUAAAAUUCUUAAAAAGGCCCGGAAAGAUGGAUUUCUGCACGAAACGCUUCUGGACAGGAGAGCCAAAUUGAAAGCUGAUAGAUACUGCAAAUGACCAGGCCUUCUGUUUCUGUCUUCCUCUUGUUUUUUUCUGAAUAAAAUAAUCAGUGGCAGUGUUUUUCCAGA